AUGUCGAUUUCCCUUCUCGCCAUUCACGGUCUCUAUCGAUUUGUUAAAAUCACAAGCAAAUUGACUUAUCUAUUUGAUCGUUGGUCUUAUCUAUCCGCCAUCGUCGUUGCUCACUUUUUGUCGGGAGUUCUCUGGCUUCUGUUUUGUCAAUUGUCAAUGAAUCCAUCACCGGAAAGAAAUCGUGUGAGUCGCGAGAAUCUGCUCAGAAAGUACAAUGUGAGCAUCGAGAAUCUCGGAUACUUGGGACCACUUUAUAUGAUAACGGAUGAGAAUGGAAAAACAAAAGUACUGUGGAAAAAUCUGAUCGGAAGUAUUGGAUGUCUCAGCCUGCUUGGUCUUUUUUAUACAGUCGUUUGUCUAUUCGGAUUAAAGCUUUUCCUUUUCAUCCGCGCAUCACCCGUCAGUGAGCGAACAAAACGAAUGAAUUAUCAAUUGAUGCGAUUAUUUCUCAUUCAAGCGGUUGUGCCUCUCUUCUUUGAAUACCUUCCAUGUUUCACGAAUGUCGCGGCUGGACCGUUAGGUUUUCCAUAUUACGAAGAAAUUGGCUAUUAUCAACCGAUCUUUGUCUCAUUGUAUCCAUUCAUCGAUUCAACGAUGGUUUUCGUUGGGUUCAGGGUUGGU